CACUGUGUUUCUCCCUUCCUCACCCCACAUCUCAGCGUAGGGCUGUGCAGGAGGCAGCCCCGGGGCUGGCAUAGAAAUGGAUGAGCACAGGUUUGGGGUCAGUAUCUCUGGGGUCGGAGGGGCUCAGGGCAGCGCGGGACAGUGACUCCGAGGUCCUCCAAAGGAAUGUGGGUGCAGAGUGGGGGGUCAGGGGGACACGUGUUGGCGAAGGGAUGGGGGUAUCCGUGCGGCAUGGAGGUCCUGGGGUGAAGAUGACGGCGCUGGGAGCGGUGAGAAGGGGACGCGGGCACCGGGUGGUGACACGCGGCUGCCUACCGGGACUCAGCCGGUGCCGAAGUUCCGCCGGUCCUGCCGCAGCUCCCGGUCCCUCCGCGUGUCCCCGGGUCCGCCCCGGGGGCGGGGGCAGCUGAGAGCCCUCCCGUCCCCAAUAAAACCUGGAGAGGCGGCGUCGGGAGGAGCAGAGCCCGGCGGCACCGGCACCGGUAACAGCGGCGGUGGGUGGGGGGGGAACAUCCAGAGACCCGCGGGCAGGGUGUGGGGCUGGGGUGCAGGCUUGGGGUUGGGGUUGUGGUUGUGGUUAGGGUGAAGGCUUAGGGUUCAGUUAGGGUUAGGGUUAAGGUGCAGGCAGCACGAUGCUCAUCGGGACCCCCAUCCCCCAUCCCUCCUCCACCCCAUCCUGCCGUUCCAUCCCCUGUCCCCCCAGGGGAUGCUGAGUGCCACCAGCCUGUCCCUGCGGCCAGGCUGCCAUCCCUUGCCAUGCAGGGCCCCACAGGCAACUAUUCGGUGCAGGCCACCGCCGCCAUCGCUGCUGCCAUCACCUUCCUAGUGCUGUUCACCAUCGCGGGCAACACGCUGGUGAUCCUGGCUGUGCUGACCAGCCGCUCGCUGCGGGCACCCCAGAACCUCUUCCUGGUGUCCCUGGCGGCUGCCGACAUCCUGGUGGCUGUCCUCAUCAUCCCCUUCUCGCUGGCCAACGAGCUGAUGGGCUAUUGGUACUUUGGCAAAGUGUGGUGCGAGAUCUACCUGGCGCUGGAUGUGCUCUUCUGCACCUCCUCCAUCGUCCACCUGUGCGCCAUCAGCCUGGACCGCUACUGGUCCAUCAGCCGCGCCGUGGAGUACAACGCCAAGCGCACGCCGCGCCGCGUCAAGUGUGGCAUCGGCAUCGUCUGGAGCAUCGCCGCCGCCAUCUCGCUGCCGCCGCUGGUCUAUAAGGGUGAGAAGAAGGCGGCUCCGGGUGGGCGGCCACAGUGCAAGCUGAACGAGGAGGCCUGGUACAUCCUUUCCUCCAGCGUCGGCUCCUUCUUUGCGCCGUGCCUCAUCAUGAUUCUUGUCUACCUGCGCAUCUACCUGAUUGCCCGGCACCGGCACCGCCGCCAGCCCCGCGCUGCCCUCAGCCCCCCCAGCGCUGCCCCCACCUCCCACGUGGGUGCCCCGGGACCCCAUCCCCUGCCUGCAGACAGGACCUCGCUGCUGGGCACUGGGGAGCUGGCGGCACCUGGAGGGUCCCCACAGCCUUCAGGGCGGCCCAGGGACACCGUGGCCACAGGGACAGGGCGCGUGGUGCUGGCGCCGGUGCUGAGUCCUGCUCCGUGGCGGAGGAAGGCACAGGCAAACCGAGAGAAGCGCUUCACCUUCGUGCUGGCCGUGGUCAUCGGCGUCUUCGUGCUCUGCUGGUUCCCCUUCUUCUUCCUCUACAGCCUGGGCGCCGUCUGCCCACGGCGCUGCAAAGUGCCUGACGGCGUCUUCAAGUUCUUCUUCUGGAUUGGGUAUUGCAAUAGCUCCCUCAACCCAGUCAUCUACACCAUCUUCAACCAGGACUUCCGCAGGUCCUUCCGCCGCAUCCUCUGCCGCCACGGCACCCGCACGGCAUGGUGAGGGGCUCUGACCCCCGGUGGCUCUCAGACCCCCCUGCUGCCUGCUGCUCCUUCUCCCCUUCUCCCCUUACUCCCUUUUCCCCCGCACCCAGUUCUCCUUCCCUUGCCCACUGCCCUGCAGGUUUGGGGCACACACAGACCCUCCUGAUCCCAUCCCACUAACAGUGAUGUGCGGGCGCUGCGUCUGGGGGGAGGUGUUUCUCCCCACCCCAUGCGUGGUGCCCCCCAGGAAAUCAGGGGCUAUUUCCCCCUUCUCUCCAUCUUCCCCAUGUCCCAGGUGUCCCGGCGGCCACCACCUUUUAACAAUAAAAGGUAUUUUGUAGUCAGAAGAA